CAUAAGGGAGGGCGGAAAGAAAGAGAGCGGGUUCGCGGAACAAACUGACCAAAUCGGCCGGCGCUUUUUUUUUUUUUUUUAUUUUUAAUUUUUUUUUUUAUUUUUAUUAUCAUCACAUAGCUGCUCCCAAUCACUUCAGUCUUAGUGAAGUAAAUGUAUCUUCUACUUUAUUUGUAACACUGUUCGGAGAUCAGCUCGAGCCCGGUAUAUUAAUAUUUGCGGUUUUUUCGAGAUGCCCAGCAGCACGUCUUUGUUGGAAGGCGAGGAGACGGAGCCGGAGCUGCCGCCGCUAGUCGUUCGGGCAUUCGCCGACAUGGGCCUCGAUGAACACGGUCCGCAGAGCCAGGCGGAGCCUCGGGAGCCCACUGGAACCCCAGUCCCGACCUCUCACUUCAGUCUGUUGGGAGCAGUGCUGGACCUACAGCCGCUGCAGUGCCCCCAGGCCGUGCCGCCGGAGGAAGAAGAAGCGGCGGAGGAGAGCGCGCCCGGAGACGCCGCUGCUGGCGAGUCCGACACGCUGCUCGCACAGGCCCCGGGCCCCGGGCUGGCCUCGGUUCUCUUACCGGCAAUGGUGGAGUCCCCCGAGACUGUGAUGCUCUAUAGCGGGGGACUGGACGACUCCACGCCGCGGCAGGUCCCCGGAAUGUUGGUGAUACCGCCGGGCUACACGGAACCAGGCUACCCGGAACCGGGCUACACGGAGCCGGGCUUCGAGGCCGAGCAGCCGGCGCUGCUGAGAAGGAAGAGCGUGAACACGACCGAGUGCGUCGCGGUGCCGAGCUCAGAACACGUCGCGGAGAUCGUAGGCCGCCAGGGGUGUAAGAUAAAAGCACUGCGGGCAAAGACCAACACGUAUAUCAAGACUCCCGUGCGUGGCGAGCAGCCUGUGUUUGUUGUGACCGGGCGGAAGGAGGAUGUGGCCAUGGCCAAGCGGGAGAUCCUCUCUGCUGCUGAACACUUCUCGCUGAUCCGCGCAUCUCGUAAUAAGCCAGGACCGCUGGGCGGGCCGGGGCUCGGCUGUGGCCCGGUGCUGCCGGGUCAGACCACCAUCCAGGUGCGUGUCCCCUACAGGGUAGUGGGCCUGGUGGUGGGGCCCAAGGGUGCCACCAUCAAGCGCAUACAGCAGCAGACGCACACCUACAUUGUCACGCCAAGCCGCGACAAGGAGCCUGUGUUUGAGGUGACGGGCAUGCCCGAGAACGUGGACCGCGCCCGUGAGGAGAUCGAGGCCCACAUUGCCAUGCGCACCGGGGGCUGCGUCGAGCCAGCGGCAGAUGACGACGACUUCCACUGCAAUGGCACUGAUGUUAGCUUUGACGCCAGCGGCUGUGGAGAGCCUCUGCACUCUGACAUGGCUGCCGUCACCGGGGGGCGCUCUGCCGGGCGCAUGACCUGCACGUACCGCAACAACAGCUCCAGCUCCCUCGGCAGCGGCGGUUCCAACGAUUCCUUCUACAGCGGGGCAGGGGGACGCAUGGCGGACUUCAGCCCCACAAGCCCCUUCAAUAGCAACAGUGCGGGUAGCUUCUGGUUCGGAGAGAACCUGCUCCAGCUGGGGCCAGAUGACCUCGAAGUGUCUGCUUUCGAAGCCCUGACCAUGUCGGCUCCGCCUCUCACCGGCCCCCAACACCCAGUCCUCUGGAGUCCCUUCGAACAGGGCCUGCCGCUGCUGGAGGGUCGCUGUCAGGCCCCGUACCGUGACAGCCAGCCAGGCACUCCGCGUCUGUCACCCACUUCCCAUGAUUCCCUGGAGCAGCCGGUAGGUCGGCACACUCGGAGCGAUCCGGUCAGCACGCGCCUGCCCCGCUUCCCUGCCUAUGGUGUGGCCUUCUCCUCUUCCUCCUCUGGCGAUAGCACCACCUCCAGCUCUCCGCCUGACUCCGCGGGCCCCGGGGGAGCUUACCGCGGGCGGCAGGACUGCGUCCGCUGCCUUGAGAGUGAGUGUGUGGCUGCCCUGGUACCCUGCGGGCACAACCUUUUCUGCAUGGAGUGCGCCAACCGUAUCUGUCAGGCAGAGGAUGCAACGUGCCCCGUGUGCCAGGCCCCUGUCACCCAGGCUCUCCGUCUGCGCAACAUGUGAACUACUGUGGGCAGUCCCUUAUCAGCAAUGUAGUUUGUUUUAAUCCUAUUUUUUCACCAGAAUAAUCAACUUACCCUUUUUUAAGUUUUAUUUUUUUAUAUUGUAUCUUUUUUCCAAUGACUGUUAAAUUAGGUGUGAACAAAGUCAAGGAUCAAGGCUAAAAAGUUGUUGGUCACGGCAUUGUAAAGUUUUAACCCCAUCUGUUUAGCUGCUAUAUUUAGUUGUACUCGGUUUGCUCGGACAGCCGGUCCUGCGGCUCCCUUGGUAGGACAGGAAGGGAUUUUUCCACCUCCUAUGUUUUCCUUCCCCUCCUUCCACAGCCAUCGGCAACGAGUUGCGCACCUACUGCCACGUUCGUGCAGUUUGACUUUUUUUUUUUAAAAAAAAAAAACUUUAAUUUAGAUCUGUUUACAACAGUUUGUGCCUAAUUCCAUUGAAAAGUCAAUCUUAAGCUUCUCGAACGAACAGGGGCACAGUGUAACCAUGGAACUACCUUUUUUUUUUAAUGCCUUUGGCCUUUCAUGGCGGCAUGCAUGUCACUAUUACCAAAAAGAUUAACGAAAACGCUACUGCCCCAGUCAGUGCCCUUCUGGCCGGGGCGCGGGCAGGUCCCAGGUAUACUGAGGGAGAGGUUUGUCCUUUCUGUGAGGCACAGGGCUGCAGGCCACCGUUCCCUCCAUCUGUUUCAAAACAGGGGCAGGGUCGUGUUUCCAGCCAUAUCUGUAGUAUUUAUUUUUUUUAUUUUGUUCGUAAACAGUCCCUGCUGUUGCACACUGGAAAGGACAGCCUCUCCUGUGCUAAGAUCAUAUGAACAAUAGAUGUUAGUGAAAGUGAUUGACACUGCCCCAGUGCAUUGUAGGAUGCAAGCUUCUUCCCUCCCCUAACUUAUUUGUGCUGCCUUUUCAUAUUUUUCUCCCUUCCAUUCAGGGUUGGGGCGUCAACCCCAUCCCCCCCACGCUGCUCCUACUUUCUCUUGCGUAGGCAUUACCUUGGAUGGGUGUUCUCCUGCUGUUCCACUCAUGCUCCAGUAAAGGGGCAGAGCAAGGUGGGGAGGGAGACUUGCUGCUCGUGAGCCAUCGGGGGCCAGGGAGCGGACGUGUAGUCCCAACCCCCCAAACACUUCCCCAUUCCUUUAGCUUUUGAUCCGUCAAGCCAGGGCGAGGGCCGUGGCUCCUCGUCCACCUGUAGCUAACGCUGAUCCGCGUAGCGACGAUUAAUGCUGUUAAUAACUAGUAAAUACGCAGAAUUUUAAUUUUUUAUUCCACUUGAAGUUACAUUUUUUGUGUAUAUAUAAAUGAAAUCUAUUCAAGUUUACAGAGGAUUUAAUUUGUAUUUUUCUUGCUCCAGCACAGGUGUUGCAGUGUGCUGAGGAUAGUCAGUACUCUUUGCUUGUAGUGUAGUUUGACAGUAUUGAAACUAGGAUCGUCUUGUACCUGGGGGGGGGGGGGGGGCAUGUAUGCAGGCAUGUUUCAGAAAUGUACCGCGCUGUACACUGCAACUAAACGGCCAAGGAUCUAACACUUCAACUGCGUGUUCUGUCUGUAAGCCACCAACUUAAAUACGUGUGUUUAAUAUAUAAUAUAUAAUAUAUAUUAUAUAUUAGUACCAACAGUCAAGUAUUUGCUAAUUUUACUACACUUAUGUAUAUGUAGAACAGUCUUAGGGCAUAUAAAAUUGAGAAGUUUAAAACUAUAUUUUAUGAUAAAGGGCCUUUACGUAAAUGUGGCCAAAGCACUGAUAUUAUAUAUUUGCUGUAAAGAAAAUUAAGAGUUUUAUUUUUCUGAUAUUAGUUAAAUAAAGACGGUUUCAUUUAA